UGUGUCUGAAAUUUUUGAGAAAUCUGUACAGUGGACAGACAACAGGACGGUGCCAAGCUGCCUUUUUACCAUUGCACCUGCACCGAGGAGGCGGAGAGUAGGAGGGUCAACGGAGGAAGGCACUCUUUAGGAUGGAAGAAGCUAAAAAAGAGGGACAUAUGGUCGCAGACGGCAUCGACGGGCCGGGGGGAGCGCACAGCGAUGAGCUUGUGAGAUCAGUGUCGCUCCACUGCCGCAGGCCACGCGUACUGCAAGGCACAGUGUUUCCGUUCCUGCUUCUCUACCCGUGCUGUUUGUAUACGUGGUUUGGAGUUUACGGUGGUGCUGAGUAUGUCGAGGCCGGCUUGCUGGCGGUCGCUGCUAUCGGGAUCGCGCACGUCCUGACAGUGCUUUCUGGCUACUGGUCCGUGCACGCGCACUGCUGGCUCACCUGUUCUAAGGAGUCUGAUCCAGACAAGGCCACCUUUGCAAAAGUCAUUCCUAUGCCUAACAAUGGCUCAGCUGAAUUAGUGCCUCUUCUGAGGGAUAAGGACGAGGAUGGAGAGGAAAUUCUGUCCUUCGAGUUCCAGAAGAUCCGGUAUGUGUAUGACCGGAAAGAAAAGAAGUGCUUUUUGCAAGUGGCGUUCCCAAUCAACUAUCCAAUGAGUUAUUUCCAGAACUGGAAAGGCUAUCAGGAGGAGGCUCAGCUACGUUCUGCGGAGAAGUGUUACGACUGCAACCGUGCUGAGAUGGUGGUGCCAGACUUCCUGGAGCUCUUCAAGGAGAGAGCCACAGCUCCCUUCUUUGUCUUUCAGGUGUUUUGCGUGGGUUUGUGGUGUUUGGAUGAAUACUGGUACUACAGUGUCUUUACACUCUUCAUGCUUGUGGCUUUUGAAGCAUCUCUGGUGCAACAGCAGAUGAGAAACAUGUCAGAAAUCCGCAGGAUGGGGAACAAACCAUACAUGAUCCAGGUCUACAGAAACAGAAAAUGGAGGCAUAUAUCUAGUGAUGAAUUAGUACCUGGAGACAUCAUCUCAGUUGGGCGUUCUCCUCAGGAUAACCUGGUUCCUUGUGAUGUUCUUCUAUUGCGAGGGCGGUGUAUAGUGGAUGAGGCCAUGCUUACAGGAGAGUCUGUGCCACAGAUGAAGGAACCUGUGGAGGAUCUGGACCCUGAGAGAGUUCUGGACCUGCAGGUUGAUUCCCGUCUGCACGUCAUCUCAGGAGGCACCAAAGUGGUUCAGCACAGCCCACCUCUCAAAGCCAGUGCUGGACUGAAACCUGUAGACAAUGGCUGUGUUGCUUAUGUUUUACGGACGGGUUUCUACACUUCUCAGGGCAAAUUAUUGAGAACAAUUUUGUUUGGAGUGAAGCGGGUGACGGCCAACAACUUGGAAACAUUCAUUUUUAUCCUCUUCCUGUUGGUGUUUGCCAUUGCUGCAGCUGUGUAUGUUUGGGUCGAGGGGACGAAGGACCUGAGCAGAAACAAAUAUAAGUUGUUUCUGGAGUGUACUCUGAUCCUCACUUCAGUAGUGCCACCUGAGUUACCCAUAGAGCUCUCACUGGCUGUUAACACAUCUCUUAUUGCUCUGGCCAAACUCUAUGUGUUUUGCACAGAACCUUUCAGGAUCCCCUUUGCUGGAAAGGUGGAGAUUUGCUGCUUCGACAAAACUGGCACCCUGACAAGCGACAGCUUAGUAGUUCGUGGUGUAGCCGGACUCAGAGAAGGGAAAGAAGUGACACCAGUGUCAGAGAUUCCAGUGGAGACUCAUCGAGUGGUGGCUACUUGCCAUUCACUGGUCACACUGGAUGAUGGACAACUAGUGGGUGAUCCACUGGAGAAGGCCAUGCUGACCGCAGCAGACUGGACCCUAACUAAAGAUGAGAAGGUGUUUUCUCGCAACAUUAAGACUCCUGGCCUGAAGAUUCAUCAGAGGUUUCAUUUUGCCAGUGUUCUGAAGAGGAUGUCAGUGCUGGCGUCAUUUGAGCGGCUGGGCUCCACUGAGCUCUGCUACAUAUCCACUGUGAAAGGAGCACCAGAGACACUGAGGGACAUGUUCACAGAGUGUCCAGACAGCUAUGAUGAGGUACACCGUGAGAUGUCACGUGAGGGGGCACGAGUUCUCGCACUGGGAUAUAAAGAGAUGGGCCACAUGAGCCAUCAACAGGUAAGGGAGGUGAGUCGUGAGGUGCUGGAGUGUGACCUGCGCUUUGCAGGAUUCAUGGUCGUCUCCUGUCCUCUGAAGAAUGACAGCAAGGCUGUUAUCAGAGAGAUACAAGAGGCCUCGCACCAUGUAGUAAUGAUUACAGGUGACAACCCUUUAACUGCAUGCCAUGUAGCCAGAGAGCUGCAUUUCAUUCAGAAAGAGCACACACUCAUACUGCAGCCUGGCCCUUGUCAAGCUAAAUGGCAGUGGGAAUCCAUAGACGGCAGUGUGUGUCUUCCUCUACCUCAUUCCUCGGUGCCAGAUUUGAUCAGGCAGUAUGACCUUUGUGUCACGGGAGAGGGGCUGACCAAGUUGACCUACGACCCCCGUUUACUCAAUGCUCUGCUUCCUCACGUGCAAGUCUUUGCUCGUGUCAGCCCCAAACAGAAGGAAUUUGUCAUAACCACUCUAAAGGGACUGGGUUUUGUCACACUGAUGUGUGGAGAUGGCACAAAUGAUGUUGGUGCACUAAAACACGCCCAUAUAGGUGUGGCACUGUUGGCAAAUGCCCCAGAGCGAAUGCCAGAGAAAAGGAAGAAAAACAAAGAGAAGGAGUUUUCAGCUGGAGAUCCCAAACCUGGACCCCCAGUCACAAGUUCAGGGGUCAAACUUGGCUCCCGUGCAGCCAGACAGAGAGUGAUGGCCCACAGAGAGGAGCAACUAGCAGCACAAAAGGAAAGGAUCAGUCAGGUAUUGCGAGAGUUAGAGGAAGAUCAGAUUCAAGUAGUAAAACUGGGCGACGCCUCCAUCGCCGCUCCAUUUACCUCCAAAUUGUCCUCCAUUCAGUGCAUCUGUCACGUGAUAAAACAGGGGCGCUGCACUCUGGUGACCACCCUGCAGAUGUUUAAGAUCUUGGCACUAAAUGCUCUGGUGCUGGCCUAUAGUCAGUCUGUGCUCUACUUGGAAGGGGUCAAAUUCAGUGACUUCCAGGCGACCCUUCAGGGCCUGCUGCUUGCCGGCUGCUUUCUCUUCAUCUCAAGGUCAAAGCCUCUAAAGACCUUGUCUAAAGAGCGCCCUUUACCUAACAUCUUUAACCUGUACACUGUCCUGACGGUGCUGCUGCAGUUCGCAGUCCACUUUUGCAGUCUGGUGUACCUGUACAGAGAGGCUCAGAGCAGAAGCCCACCCAGGGCUGAGCAGUUUGUGGAUCUGUACAAAGAGUUUGAGCCCAGUCUCAUUAACAGUACUGUAUACAUCAUGUCCAUGGCCAUGCAAAUGGCUACAUUCGCCAUUAACUAUAAGGGUCAUCCUUUCAUGGAAUCUCUCCGUGAGAAUCGGCCCUUGCUUUGGAGCAUCGCUAUAUCAGGGCUCGCAAUAGUAGUGCUGCUGUCGGGAUCAUCACCUGAAUUCAAUGAGCAGUUUUCUUUAGUAGAUAUUCCAGCUGAGUUUAAAUUAAUAAUAGCCAAGGUCCUUAUCUUGGAUUUUGUCGCUGCCCUGCUGGUGGAUCGAAUUUUGCAGUUCCUGCUGGGCAAAGGAACCUUGAGGUUACCUAAUUGAAGUGUUAUUGCCAACAGUCACUGAAGCAGCCGCUGCCCCUAGUGAACAGACUCUGAAUGGGCUUUACAGGAAUACAGUACUUGACUGGAAGCAAACUCUGCGAUAUGCAAAGGACGGACGUGAAACUCAAUACUGUACACACCCCAGUGUUUCCUUUUCCUCCCUAACUCUCUAUCUUUGAUAUUAACUUAACACUUAAGCUACUUUUUCCUUCUACUGACAUCUUUAACCUCCCCCUCUGCUCUGAAGGCCAAGAAAACUACAGUAUUGUGUUGACGGUAAGAGUGUGUUUUGGUGCGGUUGAUGCGCACAGCUGUGGCAGGGGCAUUUAGAAAGAAUUAAUUCAAAGAGUUGGGUUUUUUUUCCAUCAUUUUGUAAAAACACAUAUCUCUGAAAGACUUAUAAAUGACCAACAUAC